AUGGAAUCAAUAGUUAAAGAUUGUAUAUCGAAUAUAACAGGUAUUUGUAGAAUAUGCAAUCAAACUAUAUCUUGUGAUGUUGACGUUCAUGGUGAUGAAUAUGACGGCAGUGUAACAUCACAUCAACAGUCAAUGAUCAAUCAUUAUUUAGAUUGUAUUGAUUCGUUUAAAUCGGUGUUGUUAAAUAUCAAUAGUCGCAAACAUAUCACAUCCGAUGAAGAUAGUAAUAAUAGUAGUAGUAGUAGAAAGAGAAAGAAGAUUGAAAAUGAAUCGAGUAUAUCAACAACAACAACAACAACAACAUCAACAUCAUCAUCAACAAAUCGUUAUUAUGAUAUGAUAAUCGUCAUAAUGAUUGUAUUUAAAGAUUCAUUAUUUAGAGUAUCAAUGAUAUCAAUAUUACAACAUGAAGAUGAUAACGAAAGUGUAAUGAAUCUAUUGAUGACUUGUAAAGAUGCUAUGAAAUGGAAGGAUACUGUUGUAUUCCCAUUACUACCUCCUAUUGAUACGAUAGAAUCGUACAAGAACGACGGAAGAUUCAAUCAACUACCUCGACGAUACAAUAGAGUCAAUAUCAAGAAUAUGAAAGAUCGAGAUUACUUUGAAGAUAAUGUGGAUGAUUGUGCAUUUCAUAAACAAAUCAUCAAUAAUGGUCAAAAUAAUAAUAAUAACAAAAACAAAAAUAAUAAUAAUAAUAAUAAUAAUAAUAAUAAUACACGUAUAUUUGGAGUGUUGGAUGGACAUGGAGAUAAAGGUGAAGUAGUGUCUGUCAUGGCAAAGAGUAUUAUUUCAAAUUACCUUCAUUUAAAUUUAAAUAAUAAUAAUACUAAACAAGAUGACAAUGAUAUGUUACGGGUUGCACUUUCCAUUCAACUCUGUGUUUUUGACACAUCUUAUGAAAAUAGAGAGUUUCGUUGUCACCCACUCGAACUUCCAGACCUUGAACACGCCUACAUUUAUCGUAUCGACGCUGCCUAUUUCUACCCCGGUCAACUACAAGAUUACAUGGAAGGUAAACGUAUCUUCCCGGAUAGUGAUGUCAAGAGAAAGGUACAAGUGCGUGUAUUGACCACCACCGUCUACAACAAGACCUCUUUAACAGUCUAUGAUGCAGAAUCCAAUAAUUUCAAUCCACACCCACGUCCAAGCCCCACCGGUAUCGGUCAUCGAUCUGCCAUGACCAGAGCCAUCACCCAGUUCAAGUGGUUGACCAACACAGCAAUCGAAACGAUUACACCCAAAGUGGAUUCGCAUGGAAUCAAGGAGAUUCGUGAAUCAGCAUCGUUGGACGAAACUCAAAAGAAUACUGAAAUCCAAGCACUCAGAAUCGGAGGUGCUCGUGUCGAAGAUCUCUGCUUGGACUUUGUCCUUCCAGGCUACCCAGACUGGGAACUCAAACCAGGUGGUUCCAAGAUUAGCAUCACAUUGGACAACUUGGGAGAGUACAUCAACCUCAUCUUGACCAAUUUCUUGUACAGUGGUGUAUGUCAACAAAUCGAUGCAUUCAAGGAAGGAUUCAACCAAAUCUUCCUAAUCUCUAGUUUGGGAUCUUUUUCAAUUCACGAAAUUGAAUCCUUGUUGUGUGGUUCAUUGGCUGGCUCUGAUGGUGAUUGGACUGUUGAAUCGUUGAUGGAAAGCACCAAAUGCGAUCACGGUUUCACCAACACAAGUGAACCAGUCCAAAACUUUUUCAAGAUCGUGUCUGAAUUCAACGAAGAUGAGAGAAAGCAGUUCCUUCUCUUUAUCACUGGUAGUCCGCACCUCCCCAUCCAAGGAUUCAAGGGUCUCAGUCCUCGUCUCACCAUUGUAAAGAAACAUCAUAAUCCUCCAUACCAACCAGACGACUUUUUGCUUAGUGUAAUGUCUUGUACCAAUUAUAUCAAAUUACCCCACUAUUCAUCAAAAGAUAUUAUGAAACAAAAACUUUUAUAUGCAAUGAAAGAAGGUCAAUCUUCUUUCCAUUUAUCUUAA